AUGUACUGACCAAACUACACUGACUUCCAAAUACAGGGUAAUAUCAAUUCGAAUUCAUACAAGUACUUCGAGCUGAACAUCAAAAGAUGUAACAAUGUCACUAGUGGAGUGGUGUGUAACACUGAUGAAGAGAUUAACAACAUUAUUCAGAAUACAGAUCUCAACAUAUUCCAGGUGAACACUUACUUUGAUUUUGACGACUACGAACAACCGAUUAAGACCUACCUAGAUGAUAGGUUCUUCUUCACGCUGAUACCAGGAUUCACCAAGACUAAUCUCAUCAAGAUUCAGAAGAACGAGGCUGAGAUCCAAGAUGAUUAUCUGGCCUACCUUCCUGGAGGAACCAACAAAGAGUUCAUUACUUUAGAGAGGUUUGACCAAAGACUCUCAAUUGAAGGUGCUGUCUUCCCAAAUAUUAUCAGUGUCAAAUUUAUCAAGGAUUCACAUUCGAAAUCUUAUGAACGAGGAGUAUUUACCUUACUCGAAGUUAUCGGCAGCGUUGGGGUCUUAUGGGUAUUUUUGUUGGUCUUGGAGGAAUAAUAGUUAACAUUUUCUCAAGCAAGCUCUUUUACUACUCAAUUUUCUCUUAAAUGUACCAAAUUGAGCAUCCUUGCUCAGCUAAAGAGAGCAAGAGUUCAAGUUAUGAGUCUAAAGAAGCAUCAACUAAUCGAAUUUUUCCAGUUGGCACUAACUAUGUAGGGACAUAACUGAUUUUUUGGAUGACAAAAUACAGAAUGAUCUUCACGCCAGCAGUCAUCAAGAAUCGUCUAGGAAUGAGAGUAUGUAUGUUAGGUUGACAAAAGAAGAGAUGACCAACAAAGCUUUAGAGACAAUAAAAAGACGAGUUAAAUACAACUGGAAGAUUGUACACCUGAUUUAUAACACAUUAGGGGUAUUAAGGUUCAUAUUCUACUGCUUUAUAAAGAAGAAAGCAACUUUGAAUGUUAAGAGACGACUCCAGUUCUAUCAACAAGGAGAGCAGAAGUUCAUCAAGGAGUUUGAAGCAGCCAAUUUUGUUCAGAGUCUGAGAAAUCUCAAAGCUCUGACUAAUUCUUUGUUUAAUGAGAAAGAAAUAUU